AUGAGUGCCUCCAAAACGGACCAUUCUGACUCUUGCUUUUUUUUCCCUCCACAGAUCUGCUUCGAUUGCGGCUCCAAGAACCCAACAUGGUCGUCCGUGCCUUUCGGUAUCUACCUGUGCCUUGACUGCUCGGCCAACCACCGUAACCUGGGCGUGCACAUCUCCUUCGUCCGCUCCACCAACCUCGACCAAUGGCAAUGGGAACAGCUUCGGGUUAUGAAGGUCGGCGGUAACGAGUCCGCUACCAAGUACUUCCAAUCGCACGGCGGUUCUGCCGCUCUCGCUAGCAAGGACGUCAAAGUCAAGUACACCUGCAAUGCCGCCGUCAAAUACAAGGAAGAGCUCAAGAGACGCGCGGCGCAGGAUGCGCAACAGUACCCCGAAGAAGUUGUGAUUACCGAUAUCCCCGCUGGCACUCCGUCCAACGGCUCUAGUACCCCCGCCGCUGAGGAUGACGACUUCUUCUCCUCCUGGGACAAGCCCUCCAUCAAGCGCCCCAGCAACCCCCCUUCCCGUACCGGCACCCCUCCGGUUGUCAGCCGCACUGGCUCGCCCUUCCUGAACUCCGGCGCAAACGGUUCCCGCUCCAAGUCGCCUUUGUCCGCUUCCGACAAGGACAGCUCUUCGCCUGCCCCUACUGCCAUCAGGGCCAGCGCUGCUGUUCGUAAGACACCCUCGACCACCACUGCGAAGAAGGGCAGCGUGUUGGGCGCCAAGAAGGCCCCCAAGCUGGGGGCUAAGAAGAUUGGUGCCGCGGAAAUUAUUGAUUUCGAUGAGGCUGAGAGAAAAGCCAAGGAGGAGGCUGAGCGCAUUGAGAAGCUGGGCUAUGACCCUGAAGCCGAGCAGGCUGAGGCUGAUGCUAAGGCUAAGACGACCACCGCUGCCACGACGAUCGCCUCGCCCACUCCUAUCAGCCCUAGCAGGAACACCCAAGAACGCAGUUCGGGUGAUGUGGAGCGUCUUGGCAUGGGAAUUGGAAGACUCGGAUUUGGACAGACUGUCGGCGCGAAGCCGGCUGCCCCGAAGAAGCUGGGCUUCGGUGCUGUUGCCCCUCGGUCUGCAGCUGAUGAGGAAGAGCUGAAGCAGGCCAAGUCUCGUUUCGGUAGCCAGAAGGGUAUUUCUUCCGACGAGUUUUUCGGACGCGAUCGCUUCGACCCCAAUGCCCAGGCUGAGGCCAAGGAGCGCCUUCGUCAAUUCGACGGCGCCCAGGCUAUCUCGAGCAACUCCUACUUUGGACGUCCUGAGGACGAUCUUCCUGUCGCUGAUGAUACCUAUGGCGAUCUUGAAAAUGCUGCCAAGGACUUUGUGCGUCGGUUCGGUAUCACCGCGGGCGAUGACCUUGAAAACCUGACGCAGCUCGUCGGGGAGGGUGCAACCAAGCUGCAAGGCGCUAUACGCAGCUACCUGAACAGCUGA